AUGGUGAUAGGGUUAGCAUUUACCACGAAGGCAGCGCUCACGAUGGGAGUCGUUGUGGGCGGCACGAUCGCUGUGGUUUCCAACAUGGAUAAGAUUCUAGAGCUUCUGGCUGAGUUUUUGCAGAAGGGGGCAGAUUUCUGCAACGAACAGAUAGAGAAGAACAAGAUUCAGAUGGCGUCGCAAAUGGAGGAUGGCGAGUUGGACUUUGACCAGGAGAGAGAGGUGGCUGGAGAAGGCACGUCUACCGGGUUUCGAAGAGAAGGCUCCGUUGCAUCGGAAAGUGUACAUGAGACUGAUGGUGAGACCGAUAGUGCUCGCGAGACAGAGAGCGAAACCGAAGGUAUUUUGACUGACGGCUGGGACGAUAGUGACAUGGACGGGUGGCAGCUGGCACACUUGUCGGAGUCGGAGUUUUCGGAAAGCUACGACGAGAUUGACUCGGAGCCGGUCUCCAGAGCGACCUCCGGCAUUUCCAGUGUAUCUUCGUACGGACGCAUGUCCUCGAUGUCUGUGGACUAG